AUGUCGUCCAAGAUCGAGGACGCUGUUGUGUCGCCGCCGGCGGACGACGUCGAAAAGGUCAACGCGAACGAGGACGCCCGCGAUGACACCUCCGGCUCCGACUCGGACGCGCCGCCCAGCGCCGAGGAGCGCCGGCUCGUGCGGCGGCAGGACGCGCGCAUCGUGCCGCUCUGCGCCGGCAUCUACUUCCUGUGCUUCCUCGACCGCGCCAACAUCGGCAACGCCAAGGUGCUCAACUCGUCCACGCGCGACGACAUGCAGCACUCGGCGGGCAUGUCCGACUACCAGUUCGUCAUCGCCCUCAUGGUCUUCCUUGUCGCCUACGCCGUCUUCGAGGUGCCCAGCAACAUCCUGCUCAAGAAGCUGCGGCCCAGCCGCUGGCUCGCCUUCCUCAUGUUCUGCUGGGGCGCCAUGACCAUGUGCCUGGGCGCGGCGCGCAGCUUCGGAAGCGUCACAGCGGUGCGCUUCCUGCUCGGCAUGUUCGAGGCUGGCCUGUUCCCGGGCCUGAUUUACUACUUGACGUUUUGGUACCGGCAUAAUGAGCGAAGUGUGAGGGUUGCGUUCAUUCUCGCCUCAGCCACGCUGGCGGGUGCUUUUGGCGGCGCCAUCGCCUACGGCAUCGGCCACAUGAACCAGGCGGCCGGCAUCGCCGGCUGGCGCUGGCUCUUCAUCAUCGAGGGCAUCCCCUCGGUGCUCUCCUCCUUCCUGGUGCUCUUCUUCCUGCCCGACUACCCAGAGACGGCCGGCUGGCUGACCGACGCCGAGCGCGUGCUGGCCGUCGGCCGGCUGCGGCUCGAGGGCAGCAAGGGCCACGACCGGAGCAUGACCUGGCAGGACGCCAAGGCGACCCUGACCGACUGGCGCCUGUACGCGCACUACGCCAUCUACUUCGCCAUCAGCCCGCCCUUUGCGAGUCUCAGCCUGUUCACGCCGUCCAUCACCCUCGGGUUGGGGUACCGUGACCUAACGGCGCAGCUGAUGACCGUGCCGCCGUGGGUCGUCGCAUACGUCUGUCAGAUCCUGGUUGCGCUGUCGGCGGACCGGUUCAACGCGCGCGGGUACCACGCCGCGGGCGCCGCGCUCGUCGGGGCCGUCGGCUUCAUCGUGUCGGCGGCGCUGCCGCCGGACGCGUACAAGGCGCGCUACGGCGGGCUGAUCAUGGCGACGGCGGGCGCGUUCGCGUGCAUCCCGCCGCUGCUCGGCUGGCUGACCUCCAACGUCGUGAGCACGGCGGCCGUCGGGCUUGCGAUCGCGCUCAACGUCAGCAUCGGCGGCGGGCUGGGCCAGAUCCCCGGCGUGUGGAUCUACAAGGCGAGCGAGAAGGAAAAGGGAUACCCGACCGGCCACUGGACAAACGCGGGCUUCCUGCUCUUCGUCACGGCCGUGUCGCUGGGGCUGCGCGUCUUCUACGCGCGCAAGAACGCGCAGAUCGCGGCCGAGGCGCAGCGGCGCGGCGUGCAGGCGCGGCUCUACAAGCUGUGA